AUGUAUAUCACGUCAGCAGCUGGAAUAAUAUCCCUCUUGGAUGAGGAUAUGCCAGAAUUAAAAAUAUUUGCAUUAAGAAAAUUAGAUACCAUUGUCGAUGAAUUUUGGAUGGAAAUUUCGGAAGCAAUUGAAAAAAUAGAAAUUCUUCACGAAGACAAAAAUUUUAGCCAACAAAACUUAGCUGCUCUGGUUGCAAGCAAAGUUUACUAUCAUUUAGGUUCGUUUGAAGAUUCUUUAACUUAUGCUUUAGGAGCUGGAGAUCUCUUCGAUGUAAACUCACACUCAGAAUAUGUUGAUACAAUAAUAGCCAAAUGCAUUGAUCAUUAUACACAGCUUAGGAAUGCAAAAAUGGAUGGCAAACAGGAAUACAAAGUUAUAGAAAUAGAUCCACGAUUAGAAGCAAUUGUUAAUAGAAUGUUUGAAAGGUGCUUAGAUGACGGGCAAUAUCGACAGGCACUUGGUUUAUCUCUAGAAACCAGAAGAAUGGAUAUAUUCAGGAAGUCUAUAAGUGAAUCUGAAGAUGUAGUAGGAAUGUUGCAUUAUGCAUUUCAAGUUGCUAUGAGCCUUAUUCAAAAUAGAGGUUUUAGAAAUGAAGUAUUAAGGUCUUUAGUUGAUUUAUAUAGAAAUUUAGCUGUUCCAGAUUACGUUAAUAUGUGUCAGUGUUUAAUUUUCUUAGAUGAAUCACAAGCGGUUGCUGAAAUUUUAGACAAAUUAGUUAAAGGCAGUGAGCAAAAUAAUUUAAUGUCUUAUCAAAUAGCAUUUGAUUUAUAUGAAUCUGCUACUCAACAAUUUUUGGGUAGAGUCCUUCAUGCUUUAAAAGCUACUGCUCCUAUCCCCAGUGCUACAGACAAAAUAUUAAAAAUUCAAGCUGAUAAGAGCACAGAAAACUCGACUGAAGAAGAAGAAAAGCCAGUAGAACGCUCUUUAAGUACUUUAACUGAAGAAGAAAGAACUCACCAGGAAAGAUUAGAAAAACUAGCUUCGAUUUUAAGUGGAGCUGUUUCUAUUGAUCAUCAUUUGCAAUUUCUCAUUCGUAGUAAUCAUGCAGAUAUGUUGAUAUUGAAAAAUACAAAAGAAGCCAUUCGAGUGUCAAUAUGUCACACCGCCACAGUAAUUGCUAAUGGAUUCAUGCAUAGUGGAACUACUAGCGAUCAAUUUUUAAGAGAUAAUUUAGACUGGCUGGCGAGAGCUACUAAUUGGGCUAAACUAACUGCCACAGCUUCGUUGGGUGUUAUUCAUAGGGGCCAUGAAAAUGAAGCCUUAGCUCUAAUGCAAAGUUAUUUACCCAAAGAAUCUGGUGCAACAUCUGGUUUCUCCGAAGGAGGAGGCUUAUAUGCCCUUGGUCUUAUUCAUGCAAACCAUGGUGCAGGAAUAACCGAUUACUUGUUGGGUCAAUUAAAAGAUGCUCAAAAUGAAAUGGUACGUCAUGGUGGUUGCUUGGGAUUAGGUUUGGCUGCCAUGGGCUCUCACAGAUCCGAUGUCUACGAACAAUUGAAGUUUAAUUUAUACCAAGAUGACGCUGUCAUUGGAGAAGCUGCUGGAAUUGCAAUGGGAAUGGUCAUGUUGGGCUCUAAAGCAGGUGACGUUAUUCACGACAUGGUUGCUUAUUCGCAUGAAACUCAACACGAAAAGAUAUUGAGGGGUUUGGCUGUCGGUAUCGCCUUUACCAUGUUCGAAAGAUUGGAAGAAGCUGAUGGCCUAAUACAUACUCUCUCCAUUGAUAAAGACCCCAUUUUGCGAAGAAGUGGAAUGUAUACUAUAGCAAUGGCAUACUGCGGUACAGGAAAUAAUCAAGCCAUCAGGACUUUGUUACACGUUGCCGUUUCAGAUGUAAACGAUGAUGUUAGAAGAGCCGCUGUCAUUGGUAUUGGUUUCCUUUUAUUUAGAACUCCUGAACAAUGCCCCAGCGUCGUUUCUCUUUUGGCCGAAAGCUAUAAUCCACACGUAAGGUACGGAGCAGCUAUCGCACUUGGAAUCGCUUGCGCUGGAACAGGCUUAAAAGAAGCUUUAGCUUUACUUGAUCCCAUGACAAAUGACCCUGUAAAUUUCGUGCGUCAGGGAGCUCUUAUUGCAUCGGCCAUGAUUUUAAUUCAACAAACAGAAGUAACUUGUCCUAAAGUCAAAGAGAUCAGAGCUCUUUAUGCAAAAGUCAUUGUUGAUAAACAUGAGGAUGUAAUGGCUAAAUUUGGAGCAAUAUUAGCCCAAGGCAUAAUUGACGCAGGAGGGCGUAAUGUCACCGUAUCUCUUCAAUCAAGAACUGGGCAUACCAACAUGCUAGCCGUUGUAGGAAUGCUUGUCUUCACACAGUAUUGGUUCUGGUUUCCUCUCGCGCAUUGUCUUGCUCUUGCUUUUACACCGACAUGUUUGAUCACUCUCAACGCACAACUCAAAAUGCCGAAAAUGGAAUUCAGGUGCAAUGCAAAACCGAGUACGUUUGCUUAUCCUGCACCAUUGGAAGAAAAGAAACGAGAGGAUAGAGAAAAAGUGGCAACGGCCGUUUUGUCAAUAGCAGCACGGGCUAAAAGAAAAGAAAACAAGAUGGAAGUUGACGAGGAAAAAGAAGAUAAAAAAGAAAAGAAAGACGAAAAAGAAGAUAAGAAAAAGAAAGAUGAAGAAGCUAGAAAAGAACCGGAACCAAAUUUCGAAAUAUUAAGCAAUCCUGCUCGAGCCAUGAAACAACAACUCAAAGUAUUAAGCAUAGUCGAGGGUUCUCCUUAUGUACCCCUCAAAGACGUCAGCAUAGGUGGUAUCGUCAUGGUGAGACACAUAAACGAAGGAACACAAGAAGAAUUAGUUGAGCCCGUAGCUGCUUUUGGACCAAAAUCAGAAGAUGAAAAAGAACCCGAACCCCCCGGGCCUUUUGAAUUUUUAGGGGGUUAA